GCUAUGAUGCAAUGGCGACUGCGCCGUGGGAAGCGAGCGAGGAGUUGAAUGAGUUCCCUCCACAGUUGAAGUGAAGCAGCCGCCGACAGUCAGGACAACGUCAGUGCCGAGGGACAGACAGCGGGCAGGGAGACACUGGCAGGGCCCCGUCCUACCACACUACAUGGACACACACAGCCAGGUGUGUCUGCUAGCCUCGCAGCUAGCCGUGUCAUGACGUUUGGAGACAUUUCUCACACAUCUGUACGACGUUGCAGCGAGACGAGCACCAACACCCUCUUUGCCCUCCGUAGCCGAAAACAAGUGAGGAGGCGUUGUUGUUUUUAAUUCUUUAUAACAUUUCUGGUCGCAGUCCUCCUCUCCGGCGACUCAGUGGACCUAUUUGUGCUUCUUACCAUGGCUGAAAGAACCUCCACCGGGUUGCUAACGAUGAUGUUGGAGCCCACGCCGGCUGUCGCUAUGACCCUGCCAGCGGAGGUCCGGGAGAAGCUGGCGGAGCUGGAGCUGGAGCUCUCUGAGGGGGACAUCACUCAGAAGGGCUAUGAGAAGAAAAGAGGCAAGCUGUUGGCACCGUACAUCCCGCAGAUACAAGGUGUAGAUCCCUCUCUGCAAAUUGACAACAGGAUCCAGGCCUCCUCCCAAGCUGUUCUCCCAGGUUCCAAACACAACAAAUCCCGGGCGGCCAACACCCGGGAUGAACGCUUCAGAUCUGAUUUGCACACAGAAGCCGUCCAAGCAGCUUUGGCAAAGUACAAGGAGAGGAAGAUGCCAAUGCCCUCCAAGAGACGAUCGGUGUUAGUUCAGUCUUCUGUUGAGGCAUGCACCCCGCCAGACACCUCCUCAGCGUCAGAAGACGAGGGCUCGCUGCGCCGGCAGGGACGUCUGGCCACCUCCACGCCCUACCAGGGCCACGGCCACCCAGCCGUUGAGCACUGGUUUAACCGUGUCAUCCAGGGUUCGUCCACCUCAUCCUCCGCGUCAUCCACUUCAUCCCACCCGGGAGGGAGAUCCGUCACCACCACCAACACCACUGCCCACGCAGCCCUCAACGCCAACGCUGCAGCUACCGCUCUGGCCGACCUUAUGGCACACACCCAGCUAGAUAACCACUCAGCGCCCCCCGAUGUGACGGGGCUGUCGGAGCGCUCCUCGCAUCAUGCGGAGCGGCCCCAGGUGGCCUCGGUGCGAGGCGUUUCCCGGGGCUACAACCACCACACCAGCGUCAUGGAGACUGCAGAUGGCUGUGAGUGGAGAAGUGAAGGAUCCCUCAGUUUAAUGGAUGGUGUUCCAGUCAACAGUCGUGUCUCCUCCAAAAUCCAGCAGCUGCUCAACACUCUGAAGAGACCAAAGCGACCGCCGUUGCGAGAGUUCUUUGUCGACGACUUUGAGGAGCUUUUGGAUGUUCAGCAGCCGGAUCCCAACCAGCCAAAGCCAGAAGGCCAGCACAUGAGUCCCUUGGAAGGAGAGCCUCUCGGGGUGGUCAACAACUGGCCUCCAUCUUUGCCAGCAGCCUUACAGCGGUGGGGCACCACUCAGCCCAAGAACCCCUGUCUGACGGCACUCGACAAUGCUGGCAAGCCUGUCUACACACUCACCUAUGGUAAACUAUGGACCCGCAGCCAGAAACUGGCCUACACUCUUCUUAACAAGCUGAGCACCAGGAAUGAGCCUUUGCUGAUGCCUGGCGACAGAGUUGCACUUGUUUUCCCCAACAACGACCCAGUGAUGUUCAUGGUGGCCUUCUACGGCUGCCUCCUGGCAGAGCUGGUACCUGUGCCUAUUGAAGUGCCGCUGACCAGAAAGGAUGCAGGAAGUCAACAGAUUGGUUUUCUGUUGGGCAGCUGUGGCGUCACGUUGGCACUGACCACUGACGCUUGUCAGAAAGGCUUGCCCAAAGCACAAACCGGGGAGGUAGCCACUUUCAAAGGUUGGCCGCGGUUGCUGUGGUUUGUGACAGAUGGAAAACAUGUCGUAAAGCCUCCGAAAGACUGGCAUCCUCCGAUACGGGAAGCAAGUAAUGACAUAGCCUACAUAGAGUACAAAACCAGCAAGGAGGGAAGCACCAUGGGGAUCACAGUGUCCCAUUCAGCCAUGCUGGCUCACUGUCACGCCCUCACACAGGCCUGCGGCUACACUGAAGCUGAGACCAUAACCAACGUCCUGGACUUCAAGAGAGAAGCAGGAUUAUGGCAUGGUGUCCUUACUAGUGUCAUGAAUAGGAUGCACGUGAUCAGCAUUCCUUACUCCCUGAUGAAAGUCAACCCCCUCUCUUGGAUACAGAAGGUGCACACGUACAAAGCUCGGGUGGCGGUGGUGAAGUCGAGGGACAUGCACUGGUCUCUGCUGGCCCAGAGAGACCAGAGAGACAUCAGCCUCAGCUCGCUGCGCAUGCUCAUCGUAGCUGACGGAGCCAACCCAUGGUCGAUAUCCUCCUGCGACGCCUUCCUCAACGUGUUUCAGGCACGUGGGCUGCGACCUGAGGUGAUCUGUCCAUGUGCCAGCUCUUCAGAAGCCAUGACUGUCGCCAUCCGCAGACCUCCAGAGAUGGGUGUUCCUCCUCCAGGGAAGGCGGUGCUGUCUAUGGGCGGGCUGAGCCACAGUGUGAUCCGUGUGGACACAGAGGAGAAACUCUCUGUCCUCACAGUGCAGGAUGUGGGACAGGUCAUGCCUGGAGCUCUGGUUUGUGUGGUGCGGGUGGAGGGGACACCCUAUCUCUGUCAGACAGAUGAGGUUGGAGAAAUCUGCGUGAGCUCAGGUAGCACGGGUGUAGCUUACUACGGGCUCCCAGGCAUGACCAAGAACAUCUUUGAGACCAUCCCUGUAACAUCAUCGGGGAUUCCUAUCAGCGACAGACCAUUCACCAGAACUUCACUGUUGGGCUUUGUGGGACCGGACAGCCUUGUGUUUGUUGUGGGGAAGAUGGAUGGCCUCAUGGUGGUCAGUGGACGGAGACACAAUGCUGAUGACGUGGUUGCCACAGCACUGGCAGUGGAGCCCAUGAAGUUUGUGUACAGGGGGAGGAUAGCAGUGUUUUCUGUGUCCGUGUUGCGUGACGAGAGGAUCGUCGUUGUAGCAGAGCAGAGGCCAGACGCCUCUGAGGAGGACAGCUUCCAGUGGAUGAGUCGCGUCCUUCAGGCCAUAGACAGCAUCCACCAGGUCGGGGUGUACUGCCUGGCUCUGGUGCCUGCCAACACGCUUCCUAAGGCGCCCCUGGGCGGCAUCCAUAUAUCUGAGACCAAACAGCGCUUCCUGGAGGGCGCAUUGCACCCCUGCAAUGUCCUCAUGUGCCCUCACACAUGUGUCACCAACCUGCCCAAGCCAAGACAAAAACAGCCAGAGGUUGGUCCUGCUUCCAUGAUAGUGGGCAACCUGGUGGCAGGAAAGAGGAUAGCACAGGCCUGUGGGAGAGACGUGGCCCAGCUUGAGGACAAUGACCAGGCACGUAAGUUCCUGUACAUACAAGAUGUGCUGCAAUGGAGAGCUCAGGCCACUCCGGACCAUCCUCUGUUCCUUGUUCUCAAUGCCAAGGGCACAGUGGCGAGUACAGCCUCCUGUCUGCAGCUGCACAAGCGAGCAGAGCGGGUGGCUGCAGCACUGAUGGGACGCCUCAACACUGGAGAUCAUGUAGCACUCGUCUACCCACCAGGAAUCGACCUGAUUGCCACCUUCUACGGCUGCCUGUAUGCUGGCUGUGUGCCAGUUACUGUCAGACCCCCGCACCCUCAGAACCUGGCGACCACCCUGCCCACCGUCAAGAUGAUUGUUGAGGUCAGUAAGUCGGUGUGUAUCCUGACCACUCAAGCAAUAAUGAAGCUGCUGAAAUCCAAAGAGGCUGCUGCUGCUGUGGACAUCAAGAGCUGGCCCAUGGUGCUGGACACAGAUGAUCUCCCCAGGAAGAAGAGUCCGCAGAUGUACAAGCCUCCGACCCCAGAGAUGUUAGCUUACUUGGACUUCAGCGUGUCCACAACAGGAAUCUUAGCAGGGGUCAAAAUGUCUCACGCUGCCACCAGUGCCUUGUGUCGCUCCAUCAAAUUGCAGUGUGAGCUCUACCCUUCGCGGCAGAUCGCCAUCUGUCUGGACCCCUACUGCGGCCUGGGCUUUGCCCUCUGGUGCCUGUGCAGUGUGUACUCGGGCCACCAGUCGAUCCUGGUCCCCCCCCUGGAGCUGGAGAGCAACGCUUCUCUGUGGCUUGCUGCAGUCAGCCAAUACAAAGUGCGAGUCACCUUCUGCUCGUAUUCAGUCAUGGAGAUGUGCACCAAGGGCCUGGGUUCGCAGACAGAAGCACUGCGGCUGCGAAAUGUGAACCUGUCUUGUGUGCGUACGUGCAUGGUGGUAGCAGAGGAGAGGCCCCGCAUUGCACUCACUCAGUCCUUCUCUAAGAUCUUCAAGGACUUGGGGCUUUCACCACGCGCAGUCAGCACUACCUUCGGCUGCAGGGUGAAUGUCGCGAUUUGUUUGCAGCCCAACAGGUUAGGGAAACUGGCUGAGCAGGGCACAGCCGGUCCAGACCCCACUACUGUUUAUGUGGACAUGAGAGCUCUACGACAUGAUAGGGUACGCCUGGUGGAGAGAGGGUCGCCCCACAGUUUGCCACUGAUGGAGUCUGGGAAGAUCCUUCCAGGAGUGAAGGUGAUCAUUGCCAACACGGAGACUAAAGGACCCCUGGGAGACUCCCAUCUAGGAGAGGUGUGGGUGAGCAGUCCUCACAACGCCACAGGCUACUACACAGUUUAUGGCGAGGAGGCGCUGCAUGCUGACCACUUCAACACCAAGCUCAGCUUCGGCGACACUCAGACGGUCUGGGCGAGGACAGGCUACCUGGGCUUCCUGCGGCGCACCGAGCUGACGGACGCCAGUGGAGAGCGCCAUGACGCCCUCUAUGUGGUGGGCUCGCUUGAUGAGACUCUGGAGCUGAGGGGAAUGAGGUAUCACCCAAUUGACAUCGAAACCUCUGUAAUCCGCUCUCACAAGAGCAUAGCUGAAUGUGCCGUGUUCACUUGGACCAACCUCCUCGUGGUGGUUGUGGAGCUGGAGGGGUCAGAGCAGGAGGCCCUGGACCUGGUGGCCCUGGUCACCAAUGUUGUCCUGGAGGAGCACUACCUCAUCGUAGGAGUGGUGGUGGUGGUCGACCCCGGCGUCAUCCCCAUCAACUCCAGAGGGGAGAAGCAACGCAUGCACCUCAGAGACGGAUUCCUGGCCGACCAGCUGGACCCCAUAUAUGUGGCUUACAACAUGUGAGGGCCCUGCUGCAGGAGGGUUGCCCCUCCACAUGGCUUUUCACACAACAGGAGACAGCAGGACAGUAAACGUGGGGCUGGUAAUUGUAGCAGGCCCGGGGUCAGUGUGGCUUGUGUUGAGAGAGAAAGCAAGCUCUUCUUUCAGCUCACAGAGGGGAAGUGUGACAGAAACGUGGAUGCAAAACUUCACAGCAAAAUCAAGAGAAAUAAGAGUGACACAAACCUCAUGUCUGUUUCUCCCUGUGAUUUCUUGCCUCAACAAGUAAUGUUUUAAAGAGCGUUUGGUUUUGUUGAAGAGUGUUUUGUAUGUAUGAUGGAGCGUCUGACUCCUUAAACCCAGGGCACCCAAUAGCAGUACAGCAGGUUGUUAAAGGAAGACUGCAGCUCCCUAAGGACCAUUUGUGUAGUGAUUACUCACCCCGUUGUUGUGAAGAAAACUUUGUUUUUCUUGCAUGCCUCCAAUAAGGUUGGGUCCCAUUCACAUUUCAACCAAUAUCGUUUCCUAACGGUACCUUUUGUGGUACUUAACUCUCUCUGUAAUAACAAAAAAAGUAAUUUUCGAAUAAGCUGCCAUGGCGAUGGUGUAGACUUAAACACAAUUCUGCUCCUCUGCUCUUUUCUUAUCACACGUAGAGCUAAUCUUCUGUCUGUCUGUCUGUCUGUCUGUCUGCUUGUUUAUGUGUGUGUGUGUGUGUGUGUGUCUGCUGGUCUAGCAGUACUUAAAUAAUAUAGAAAAGAAAAUACACCAGACACUGAAACUGUUGUGGCAGAUCAGCACUGCAGCGAUACUUUUGGCUUGCUGGGAAGCUUCGCAGCACUUCCAUGUCUUUUCUAAACCCAGCGUUCUCAGCCAGAUGUGCUCUCAGGUACCAGCAUUUGACAUCAAUGGAUUUAAUGGGAGUCGGUACUUGAUAGUACCAACAUAAUUUGCCUGGUACCCUAAAAAGUACCAUAACCCUCGCCCCCACGGUGAAAAUAGAAUUCAAAAUAAGAGAAAGGUCUUGAAGAAUUCAAGUCAUAGAGAGCCGCAUUUAACAACAGCAAUACUAUAUUAAAACACUCACAUAACUCGUGCAGUAUAAUCCAAGUCUCAUUUAUCCAGCCGUAUGCACAGUGCUUCCCAAACACAUGCAUUCUUGCUAAAAAUCUGGCUAUUUUAAACUUUGAUAAAAGUGAAUCUUACCUAUGCUCUCGUCAAAGCCAGAGUCCAUUGACAAAAACAGUAUUUUUACCUCACUGAACACAGGAGGGGCGGCACGGUGGUGUGGUGGUUAGCACUCUCGCCUCACAGCAAGAGGGUUGCCGGUUCGAUCCCGGGCGUGGGAGCCCUUCUGUGUGGAGUUUGCAUGUUCUCCCCGUGUCAGUGUGGGUUAUUUCCGGGCACUCCGGCUUCCUCCCACAGUCCAAAGACAUGCAGAUUGGGGACUAGGUUAAUUGAUAACUCUAAAUUGUCCGUAGGUGUGAAUGUGAGCGUGAAUGGUUGUCUGUCUCUAUGUGUCAGCCCUGUGAUAGUCUGGCGACCUGUCCAGGGUGAAGCGGUUAGAAGAUGAAUGAAUGAAUGAACACAGGAGCUGCUGGUAUACCGCUGCCUCAAUCAGCUAGUUUGUUUGACAGUAACACAAACAGACCAACAAUUGAGGCAGAAGUAGAUCAGCAGCUCCUGUGUUCAGCAAGGUAAAAUUACUGUUUUUGUCAAUGGAGUGUGGCUCUGGAGAGAGCAUAGAUAAGUUUCACGUUCAGUUCUCUGUCAGAAAGGGCUGUUUGUCUGGGAAGUACAGAGCAAAUGACUGGAGAAAUGAGACUUGGAUUAUACUACACGACUUGUGUGCGAGUUUGUGAACUGAUGUUUUAAUUAAGUUUUGCUGUUUUUGAAAGAAUUUUCUGAUUUUGUAUUCUUCGUUCACCAGAGGCAUGCAAGAAAAAGUUUUCUACACAAUUUGAACGUGACUCGGGAUGAGUAAUUGAUAUACAAAUGGUCAUUUUGGGGGUGAAGUAUUCCUUUAAAGGUAUAAUACUACACUGUGCCAUUAACAUAAGUUAAUUUGUCAACCUCCACUAUUGUGAAUGUUAGUUGUUUUUGCCAUCCACUUGUGCCAUAGAACAGGACUGACGCCAACACCCUUAACCUGGUUCAAACGAGCUCUAACAUGUUUUGUGUUCAUAGAGCCUCCUGUGCCAUUGCAGGUUGUAUGCUUUUCAUAGAAACAGUCUAUCCAAUAUACGUUGUCAUUACAUUUAUGGGGGAGCAGCUCUUCAGAUUACAGCUGUGAUCUGAAGUGAACCCUGAUUUUUGUGUUCCAGCUCAGUUCAGAUCAUGUUAUUGCAUCAACAAAGAAGCACACAGCAGUGGUUAGUGUUAUUUGUUGCUCAUCACGGUAGUCCUUUAGUUUGUGGUGUCAGUAAUGGAGCGCAUAGAAAUAAUGUAGUUUGACUCAAUCUCGUUCUUUUCUAAAUCUAAAAUGUGUAAUAUAGUAACUGCUUUAUCUGAACAAAAUGCAAUAUGUGUGAUGUGGACGAUGUUGCUUUGAAUGACUGCAGACAGUAAGUGCCGAUCAUUCGAAGUCGUGAGAUGGCGAGGAAUAUAAUCGUUGCUUGCUAUUAGCAAUGUGCCAAAUGAAAUGAAUUAAGCCUUAAGUGUUUUUUCAGACGCCUGUUCCUAUCCCAGCUCCUGUUUGACUUAAUUUUGUGAAGUUCAUCAGCUGUUGGAUAGGGAGGGAAUAUGCAGAGGAAGGUGAUGUAUGGUAACUCCUGCUCUUAUUGCACCCAAAGUCUGUCAUCUUUUUGGCUAAGAUGAAAAUACUUGAUCGUAACGUCAGCCAUUACAAACACACACUUACUCCAUUAAUAUUUUUUAAUAAUGUCUGUCCCUGUUGUCAGUUGUGUUGAAUGUGUGUUUUAUAGCAAAAGACUGGAAGAAUUUACAGUUGGUAUGGGUCUGAUGCAGAUUGUCCUCGCCUCAUUUUGAGUGCCAUCAGGUUGAAUGAGAGCUGACAAAUGUGAGUUGCAUGUACCGAAUGACGGCAAGUGUCUAAUAUCCUCGUAACACCUUGACCUCCCACCUUAUCACAUUGACUUUGUAAAGAUUCACUUCACUGUAUGUUGCUUCUUUUCUUCUAUGUGCACAUCCCUUCGAAAACAGGCUGCAGCCUGCUGUAAGUAUGUACAGGUUUUGUGUAAAUUAUUAAUAGAUGGAGGAGACGACGACAUAACACAAAGACUGAAUCUGGUAUAUAUGUGAACUUCUCCCUCACAAACGACAAAUUAUUUGAAACGUACUCUCAUGCGUGGACAUUGGGAAGAGACAUGAAAAGCCUUGUAAACAUUUUUAUAGUAUGAAAGAACAGUGGGAACUGGCCACCUCCAGGAUGAGACGAAGCACACUCCGAGCACAAGGAGAAGACAGUUAAGCUCUGGUGACUGCUGAGAUGUCACAUCCUCCAGAGAAAUCUUUUGUUGUUAACAUAUGGAAAGAUACAUUUGUCUGAUAUAUGGUUAGUUGUCAUUAUUUUCAUAACAUGAUUUCUUAAUGAAUAAAAAAGUGCUUUUAACUUGAA